UGUUCUCAUUCAUCUCCCAGGCGAUUUCAUGCUCUCUCUCUCUCAUCGGCCUGUACUUCUUUUCUAUUUUCUUUUUGUUUUCCCUCCUUGACUCCCUGCACUUUUUUUAUUUUACUACGAACACUCCUCCGUUUCUCUCUCCCGCUCGCUCGGCUUUUCAUCCUCUCUGUCUCCGCCGUCCGGCUUCCUCCGUCUUCUCCGGCGCCGCAAGUCCGUUUGGGACCUGUUCCUCUUUUUCUGCUUGGCUUCGCCCCUUGCAAAAGCUGCUUCCAUUCGCCGGGAAACAGCUAUUCGUGAGCUUAGAGACACCAUUGAUUCUGUUUGCUUUGUCAGUUAGAAGUGGCAGUUACUAACUUUUACUUGGGAAUUCUUUUGGCCUCUGAAAAGACUUGUAGAUCUGAGAAAGAGCUGAUUUUUGCUUGAGAACAAGUGGAAGAGGUGGAGGGGUUUUGAUGUGAGGAGUUAGUAGAUGGUAUAUGAUGUACGGAGCUCCGGUGAGCGAUCGGAGAGGGAGGUGGCGUGUUGGUGAAUAUCUUCACAUGGAAUGGCAGAUCUUGUUAGCUACGGUAAUGCCGAACGUGACAUCAAGCAGGCAUUAAUUGCUUUGAAGAAGGGUGCACAACUUCUGAAAUAUGGUCGCAAGGGAAAGCCAAAGUUUUGUCCAUUUAGACUUUCUAAUGAUGAAACAACUCUGAUCUGGAUUUCAAGUAGUGGUGAAAGAAGUUUGAAAUUAGCUUCUGUCUCUAAAAUUUUACCUGGACAGAGAACUGCUGUUUUCCAACGUCAUCUCCGUCCUGAAAAGGACUAUUUAUCUUUUUCUCUUAUAUACAAUAACGGAAAGCGGUCCCUUGAUCUGAUCUGCAAGGACAAAGUUGAGGCAGAGGUGUGGAUUGCAGGCUUGAAAGCAUUAAUAUCUUCUGGUCAAGGUGGACGCUCUAAAAUUGAUGGAUGGAGCGCUGAAGGUCUCUACCUUGAUGACAGCAGAGACUUGACAUCAAAUAAUGCAAGUGACAGUUCCAUUAGUGUCCCACGAGAUAUUAGUUCUCCAGACAUUUCUGUCAGUUUUAAUCCAAGUGCAUCUCCAGGGAGUUCUCGACCUGGGAAUUCUCCAAAUUCUGAUCGGUCACAUGUAGCAUCAGACAACACAAAUAUGUUAGUUAAAGGAUCUGGUUCAGAUGCUUUUCGAGUUAGUGUUUCUAGUGCCCAAAGCACUUCCAGCCAUGGUUCUGCACCAGAUGAUUGUGAGGCUUUAGGUGAUGUAUACAUAUGGGGUGAGGUCAUAUGUGAUAAUACCGUAAAGGUGGGGGCUGAUAAGAAUGGUAAUCAUUUGAGCAGUAGAGCAGAUGUGCUUCUUCCUAGGCCAUUAGAGUCUAAUGUAGUUUUAGAUGUGCAUCAUAUAGCCUGUGGAGUAACGCAUGCAGCAUUAGUCACAAGGCAAGGUGAAGUUUUUACAUGGGGUGAAGAAUCUGGUGGAUGGCUUGGCCAUGGUGUAGGCAAGGAUGUUAUCCGACCUCGUCUAAUUGAAUCUUUGGCAGUUACCACCAUUGAUUUUGUGGCUUGUGGAGAAUUUCAUACUUGUGCUGUUACAAUGUCUGGAGAACUCUAUACAUGGGGAGAUGGCAUGCAUAACGCAGGGCUUCUUGGUCAUGGGACUGAUGUAAGUCACUGGAUACCUAAGAGAAUCUCCGGUCCACUUGAGGGACUUCAAGUUGCUUCAGUAGCUUGUGGUCCAUGGCAUACAGCUUUGGUAACAUCAACAGGUAAGCUUUUUACAUAUGGUGAUGGAACAUUUGGUGUAUUGGGCCAUGGUGACAGAGAAAAUGUUGCAUAUCCUAGAGAAGUAGGAUCUCUCUCAGGGUUGAGGACUAUUGCUGUUGCAUGUGGGGUGUGGCACACUGCUGCUGUUGUGGAGGUUGUUGUCACACAGUCUAGUUCUAGUGUUUCAUCUGGGAAAUUGUUUACUUGGGGUGAUGGAGACAAAAAUCGACUUGGACAUGGAGACAAGGAACCUCGACUUAAACCUACAUGUGUGCCAGCAUUAAUUGAUUAUGAUUCUCACAAAAUUGCCUGUGGGCAUAGUUUGACUGUUGGCUUGACCACAUCAGGACAAGUCUUUACAAUGGGGAGUACUGUUUAUGGUCAACUUGGGAAUCCUUAUGCUGAUGGGAAGCUCCCUUGCUUGGUAGAGGAUAAGCUUUCUGGAGAGUCUGUUGAAGAAAUUGCUUGUGGUGCAUAUCAUAUAGCAGUUUUAACAUCCAGGAAUGAAGUUUACACAUGGGGAAAGGGCACCAAUGGGAGGUUGGGCCAUGGAGAUGUUGAAGAUCGUAAAACACCCACUCUAGUUGAAGCUUUGAAGGACAGACAUGUGAAGUAUAUUGCUUGUGGUGCAAAUUACACAGCAGCUAUAUGUCUUCAUAAAUGGGUAUCUGGUGCUGAGCAGUCACAGUGUUCAUCAUGUAGACAGGCAUUUGGGUUCACCAGAAAGAGGCACAACUGCUACAAUUGUGGACUUGUGCACUGUCAUUCAUGCAGUUCCAGAAAAGCAGUGAGGGCAGCCUUGGCUCCUAAUCCUCGCAAACCAUACCGUGUUUGUGAUUCUUGUUUUGUGAAACUAAACAAGGUAUCAGAAGCUAGUACUCAUAACAGGAAAAAUUCUGUGCCUCGUCUUUCAGGUGAAAACAAAGAUAGGCUGGACAAGAGUGAGGUAAGGCUGUCAAAGUCUUCAUUGCCUUUGAAUUUGGACUUGAUUAAGCAGUUAGAUAGCAAAGCAGCCAGACAAGGAAAGAAAGCUGAUACUUUCUCCCUUGUUCGCUCUACUCAAGCACCCUCAUUGUUACAGCUGAAGGAUGUUGUAUUGUCCAGUGCUGUUGAUCUGCGACCAAGAGUUCCAAAAACUGUUAUUGCACCAUCUGAAGUAAGUGCCAGGUCAGUGUCACCUUUGUCAAGGAGACCUAGCCCCCUACGUUCUGCUACACCUGUUCCAACAACGUCAGGACUCUCAUUUUCAAAAAAUGUAACUGAUAGUUUGAAAAAAACAAAUGAGCUUUUGAAUCAAGAAGUGCUUAAGUUGCGUACACAGGUUGAGAGCUUGAGACAGAGAUGCGAGUUCCAAGAUAUAGAGAUUCGGAAGUCAGCAAAGAAGGUACAAGAAGCAAUGGCAUUAGCUGCAGAAGAAUCUUCCAAAUCCAAAGCUGCAAAAGAUGUUAUAGGGUCACUUACAGCACAGCUGAAGGAUAUGGCUGAGAGGCUGCCACCUGGGGCCUAUGAUGCUGAGAACAUGAGAACAGCUUACCUAACAAAUAGUUUGGAGCCAAACGGUAUUCAUUAUGCUGAUGCAAAUAUAUAUCAUUAUGCUGAUGGAAAUGGAGGGAUGCAUUCAAGCUCUGAUUCCAUUAGCAGAACUUUUUUAGCCUCGCCCUCAGGAAUUGAGUCUACAUUGUCAAAUGGAGCUCAGGAUCCAGCUCAUUCAUUCGGGGAUCCAUCUCCAAACAAUGGGAGGGUUGGCCAUCCGGAUGCAGGACUGCCCAAUGGAGGUGGAGGGGUUCAGUCAAUUAGUACUGUGUCAGAUGAAUCUAGAUCUCUUCAUGAUGGUGAUAAUGGUGCGAGAUCAAGGGAUACAGCAUUAGUUGCCAGCAGUAAUCAAGUCGAGGCCGAGUGGAUUGAACAGUAUGAACCUGGUGUGUAUAUAACACUCAUGGCCCUGCAUGAUGGAUUUAGAGAUCUUAAACGAGUGCGAUUCAGCCGAAGAAGAUUUGGCGAGCACCAAGCGGAAACUUGGUGGUCCGAGAAUCGGGACAAGGUAUAUGAAAAGUACAACAUUCGCUGGUCAGACAAGUCCUCAUUUUCAGGCCAGGCGGCUCGCAGGUCCGAGGGAGCCAUGUCAUCAAGCUCCCAACCUUAGCAACAAAGAGAGGGAGGGAAGUUCUUUGGCAACACAUUUUGUAAAGAAAGAUGAGGCUAAGCCAACAUCUGAUUUUUUGUCCUCCUCCUGAUGUUCUCAACCUCCUCUCUCCAUGAUUCAUUUUUCCAUUUUUUAUUCCUAGGGUGUCUGCCAUUUAGGAAUCUGUUGUAUUGCAGUGUAAAUAAAGGCUUCAAUGGUGAGUUAAUCUGGGCAAGAAAGCUUUUGUUCUUUGCUUCCCCAGCUCCCACACUUCCCAAAUGUUCCCAUUUUCCUUGUACAUGUAUAAUCCAAUUUCCUCCAGGGGUGGUGCGGCCACUUGUACAUAUAUCUCCGGCCACUUUGCAAGGACAAAAUCUAGGGUGGCUACCAAUUUUUCUCCGAAAAGACCGUGAAAAACAACAAAUUGAAGCCUAGAAAUAUUUAUGUAAUUUUAUAAAAUUUAUAAAUUUAAUUGUUUUCUUCUUUUA